AUAAGGCGUUAUUCUCUGGAGACGUGAUUUCGUGCCGGGAUGGUUCCAGGAAGAUUCACAUCUCGCGAGUCAACGACGAUUUCUGUGACUGCCCUGACGGCACGGACGAGCCUGGCACCUCCGCGUGCCCCAACGCGUCCUUCUACUGCCGCAACCGCGGCCACAACCCCCUCUCGCUCUUCUCCUCUCGAGUCAACGAUGGCAUAUGCGAUUGCUGCGACGGCAGUGACGAGUAUGAUGGACGAAUUGUGUGCCUCAACACGUGUGCCCAGGCGGGGGCGGCGAGGCGGCAGCAGCUGGCUGCUGACGUGGCGAAGCACAGGGAGGGCGUGAGGCAGCGGCAGCGGGCGGUGGAGGAGUGGCGGGAGAAGAAGGUUCGGCUGCAGGAGGAGAGAGGACGGCUAGAGGAGGAGGAGAGGGAGCUGCAGGAGAAGGAGAAGGUUCUUAAAGAGAGGAAGGACGCUCUGGAGAAGAUAGAGGAGGAGGAGAAGGAGAGGCAGAGGAAGAUCGAGGAAGAGGAGGCCAGGAGGAAAGCAGAGGAGGAGAAGCUGCACCCAACACCUGCCGAACCUGCCGAGCCUGCUGCCACCGAGCCUGCUGCCACCGAGCCUGCGGCUACCGAACCUGCGGCUUCCGAACCUGACUCUGCCGAGCCUGCGGCUGCCAAGCCUGCUUCUACCGAGUCUGAGACAGGGCUUCCCGUGCAGCAGGCAAUGGUGGGGGAUCCCCUCCGUGCCAAUGCUCCUGACUCUGCUUCUGCUGAUGCCGCUGUUGCCACUGCUGAUGAUGCCGCUGCUGCAGCUGCUGCUGCUGCUGCUGCUGCUGUUGAUAGUUUGGUUGCUGGUCAUGAUGCUGCUGCUGCUCCUGCUGAUGGCAACGAGAGUGGCAAGGAGGAAUCCAAUGAGAUUGGCAAGGAGAUGGACGAUGAUGAGAGCGAUGAGGACCUGUCGGGGCUCUCUAAGGAAGAGCUGGGGCGGAGAAUCGCGUCCAGAUGGGCGCAUGGGGAGGAUGGGCCUGGGGGCGUGAAGGUGCAGCAGCGCAGCCGAGCAGCAGUGCAGCAGCGCAACCGAGCAGCAGAGUAG